CUCAGUAAAGGUGUCCGGGCAUCCAGUGGUUUGUGCUCAACUUUCUCCGAAGGAUGUGAUUACGUGCUUUUAACAUAUACUCUGCAAAUGCAGUAAAGUUGUUAAACAUGGCUGGAGUGGGCUUUGAGGAGUUUUCUGUACCUCCUGGGUCUGAACUUGCUUUGCCACCCCUAUUUGGGGGAAAUAUCCUGGAAAGUGAGUUAGAAACAGAGGUCGAAUUUGUGGAUGGAGGUCUUAGUGGAGACAACCUUCAAGAUGAAGAAGAAGAAGAAGCCCAGCAGCGUCAGCGCGAGCUGCACAGAAGGAAGUUUCUUACUUUAAGCCGGCGCUGCAAAGAAAUAGAAUUGGUAAAUGAGAGGAUUCUAAACAGGCUUCACCAAGUGGAAAAGAUAACACGAAGGCUAAAGCAGGAAAGGAGAUGUUUGAUGAAGGUUUUGGAUGCCUACGGGGAUGAUUACAGAAAGAGCCACCUCACCUUUCUGUUAGAGGAUGAAGGGACCCACCCACACAACUCGCCAGCCCAUGGCAACUCUGAAAAUGAACCUCCAGAGAAUGAGGAACUGUCCGUUACUCCCGUGUGCUUAGCAGGGCAGUCUCUUGGUCUGGACAUCAAUAGCCCUGAAAGUCCAUCACAGACAGAGGGGCCACCGGCUAAAAAGAGGAAAAAGGUCAAGGAAGAGAAAGACCAGAAUGGCAGAAGGCUGACCCCAUCUCUUCUUCCAUCAGAGCCUCUUCUGGCUCAGGUAAAGAUUGAAGAGGAUUAUCUGUGUGAAGGAGAUGAGGAACUCCCUCUGAGCUGGCGCCCUCUAAGCCCACGAGACAAGAUCCUACAAUAUCCAAAGUUUUCCAGCCCAGAUUUUGAUUAAUGCCUUUUUUACUUUGUUUGGAAAAGCUGUGCAACUUUCUAAAUUGGGUAUCUUCAUAAGAAAUAAAGAUGCCUGAAGAUGAUAGUCUAGCGAUAUACAUUGAUGAAUGAAUUUAAGCUUAUGUCAGGAUCCAUGGGAUUGCCAGCCUGUAUGGUUUUUUUUUAUAAAGACAUAUAAAAGAAAUGAAAUGUGGAUAUUGUUGUAUCCUGCUAAAGUCACUGUGCAGAUAUUUAAAAGCUACAACAUGAAUGUGUCAUCUUAUAUUUGUGUUAAUAUGACUGUUCUGUUUUGCUGACCAGUUAUGUAAAAAUGCCCUGUUUGUAAAUAUGUUUUUUUGGUUUAUAAAUGCUUAAAUGGGCAAUAAAUUAUGUGGAUAUAAA